AUGGAUCCGGACUGGGACGAGGUUGCCCGGGUACCUUUGCCUCCCCCGGGACUUAGAGCGCAUCAAACACCAGUAACGACGCUGUCCUUCGAUACGACACAGGAGCUGCUGUGGGCGGGCAAUGAGUAUGGCAGGGUGUGCUCUUUCUACGGCACGGCCUUGGAGCCCUACACCUCCUUCAAGGCCCACGCGUCGCAGGAUGGAAAAGUGCACCAGCUGCUUUUCAACGAUAAGGGUGUUAUUGUGCUCGGCUCCAAGAGUGUACACAUGGCCAUGCGAAGGGGCCCGCCGCUAUGGACUAUUCGACACGAGGGCAUGAAGGAACUACGAUGCAUGACCUUCACCUCGAAGGGCACCGCGGAGAUCUUGGUCGCAGGCGAGCAGGACACGAUGCUCGUCAUCGAUGUAAACAAAGGAGAGGUCGUGAAGGUCAUCCCCGCCGACACGCACUACAAGAUCAUGAGGAGGAGCCGGUAUAUCUGCGCUGCGACAACGGGGUCCAGUGUCCACAUCCUGGACCCUCUGACCUUCAAGGUUAACAAGGUGUGGACGCCGCACUCGGGCACCGUGAGCGACAUGGACGCACAGCACGACUUCAUUGUCACCUGUGGUAUUACGCCGCGCCAGCAAGGGUACAGCAUGUUUGACCCCUACGUCAACGUCUUCGACUUGAAGAACAUGGUAUCCAUGAGUCCUGUCCCUUUUCCAGCCGGCGGUGCCUAUGUACGAAUGCAUCCCAGGAUGUCGACCACCAGCAUUGUCGUGUCCCAGAGUGGUCAGAUGCAUGUUGUCGACCUGAUGAAUCCCAACACGACCAACGUUCGACAAGCGAACACACUGUUUCUAAACAGCGUUGACAUUGCGCCGUCUGGUGAGGCUAUAGCCUUGGCUGACGGUGAUUGCAACAUCCAUGUGUGGGGCUCACCAUCCAAGAUACACUUCGCCGAGCUUCCUACCCUCAUCGAGACCGCAGAUCAGGAGGUACCAGCACCCAGCGUGGACUGGGCAGACAGCACACCGUUGAGCUCCAUUGGCAUGCCGUACUAUAGGGAGACACUCCUGUCAGCGUGGCCAACGGAUACUGUCUACGAGGUUGGCGCUCCUCCGGUCAAGGACGACCCCCAGUUCCUGGCCAGUCUUCAGCACAGGGAUUGGGGCUUCUACGGCAAGAAUACAAGGGGCCUUCGCAGGAACCAAGCCGAAGAUACUCGACGACUCAAAAAUACGAAAGAGCAAGGCUUGCUGAACAAGCCCAAGUUUCUCAGUGAACAGGCCAGGGAGUUUGCACAUUCACCAGCCGGCACACCGGCGCCGGAGGAGAUAGUUGUCGACCCUCUCUCGACAGUGACCAAUACGCCUCUUGAGAGCAGCAAAGUUAACGUUCCUGAGCUGUAUCAGAGCGUUGAUAUUCAAUUUAGCAAAUUUGGCAUUGACGACUUUGACUUCGGGUUCUACAACAAAACUUCAUAUGCAGGCUUGCAGAACCACAUCAUGAACUGCUAUGCGAACUCUCUUCUCCAGGUCUUGUUCUUCACGCCUGCUGUUCGAAACUUUGCCAUGCAGCAUACUGCUUCGCACUGCUAUGAUGAGCUGUGCCUGCUCUGCGAGCUAGGGUUCCUCUUCGACAUGCUCUCCAAAGCGGAUGGAGCCCCCUGCCAUGCAUCCAACCUCCUCAGAAUCGUGAGCUAUCAUCCGCAGGCGUCUAACCUUGGCCUCCUCGAGGAGCUUCCUCGUUCUUCGACAACCCGAACGGCCAUGCUGCAAAACUUCUCCCGAUUCAUGCUUGACAAGAUUGCGGCCGACUAUAAACGCAUAGAUCAGACAAGGCCAAUGGAGAAGCUUCUGGAAACCACCGCAAUUAGCUCCAUUAGGUGCACUCAUUGCGGAAGCGAGACUACUAAGCCCGCUUCCAGUUAUGUGCAGGAGCUGAUAUACGAAUCGAGCAAAUCCGGGUCCAGGCAUGCUAAGAGCCCCAGAGUCACGUUUUCUCAGAUUCUUAAGAAGAGUGUAGAGAGAGACAUAACGACCAAGGGCUGGUGCGCCUCCUGCAAAAAGUAUAACUUGUUGAGCAGCAAAAAGGUCACACGAAAUCUACCCGUUGUUCUGACUCUGCUGGCUGGGAACAUCCGCGACGAGCACCGUAGGCUGUGGGCUACACCAGGGUGGUUGCCGGAAGAGAUCGGAAUUAUAGUGAAUGGUGGCCAAUUCUUCUGCUAUGAAGGGAAAGACCUGGAGUACCAUCGACAGCGCAGCUACCACCAGAUUGUUGAAUAUUCCCUGACAGGAGUAGCGGUCAACAUUGACACCGGUCACAGAGACUGUCAUGUUGUGGCUAUGGUGAAUGUUGCCCAUUCCGCAGCCAAUACUCCGGGUCAAAGUCAAUGGCACAUAUUCAAUGACUUCCACGUAAAACCUAUCUCUACGAAGGAAGCCUUAACCUUUAAUACGUCAUGGAAAACACCAUCUGUCAUAACCUUCCAGCUGAAGGAAUUCAACAAGAUAGAUGAUAGCUGGAAGGCUAGGUUAGACACAAGUCUCCUCUACUAUGACAUGAAGCCGAAUAUGCCGGAUAAGACCUACCGAACUCUGGACGAAGGGAAGGAAAAGGUCACACCCGACACUAUCAUCGCUAUUGAUACCGAAUUUGUAUCGACCUCGAGUGCCGAAAUCGAGAUAACUUCCGAUGGCGACGAGAGAACGGUCCGUCCAACAGUGCAUGCUCUUGCGAGAACAUCUGUUUUGCGGGGCAGUGGAAUUGACGAAGGCGUGCCCUUCAUCGACGACUAUGUCCAUAUCAAGGAGAAGGUCGUCGAUUACCUGACAGCAUACUCUGGCAUCGUCCCCGACGAUCUAGAUCCUAGGAGAACACGACACACAUUGGUACCACUCAAGAUCGUGUAUAAGAAGAUGUGGAUUCUUCUAAACCUGGGUUGCAUGUUCCUCGGACACGGUUUGAAGCAAGAUUUCCGUGUGAUAAACAUACACGUGCCUCGUGCUCAAAUCAUUGACACGAGCGACCUCUUCUUCCAGCAAAGCAAGAAACGAAAGCUCAGUCUGCAGUUCCUUGCGUGGUGCUUGCUCAAAGAGGACAUCCAACUGGAGACCCACGAUUCUAUCGAGGAUGCGCGGACAGCCCUCAGGUUGUACCGCAAGUACCAAGAGUUCACAGACGCCGGUAUUUUCGAGUCCAUGCUGCAAGAUAUCUACUCCAAGGGUUUCGCCAUGAAUUUCAAGCCACCUUCAAAGCAAGGCCCGAACACUUUACCCCGAACUGAGACACCCCCCAUCGACGGCAAUACAGGCCCUAGUACACCCGUGCGCAAGGCGGGAGGCGGUGUGGGCGCUUUUGGCAGCAGCCCCAUCUGGACGGGAAACCGAACAUCAAAUUUGAGAUAG